UAAUUCAUUACAUUGCAAAGGGGAGUGACGCAGUUAUUGUAGAUCUAUAGAUACUCCAUGCUUAUUUUUUAUGAUCUUAAAUUCUAUAUUUUUCAAGUUUUGGAAGAGGAAUUCCUGAUAAUCACAGCACAUAAGAGGGAGUCCGGCUGUUAUCUGGAGGCUGUAUGACUGCUCUCUGCGCCUCUUUCAUUUGGAUGCCAUUCCGGUUGGAGGUUGCGGUACACCCCGAGGACUAGAUGCGAUAACAAGAACGAGACAUGCCGCAGCCGAAAUCACGAAAAAUCGCCAUCCUCGGGUACAGAUCCGUAGGAAAGUCCUCCUUGACAAUUCAGUUUGUGGAAGGCCAGUUCGUUGACUCCUAUGACCCAACAAUAGAAAACACAUUUACUAAAAUGAUCACAAUAAAUGGACAAGAGUACCACCUUCAGCUUGUGGACACAGCAGGGCAGGAUGAAUACUCUAUCUUCCCACAGACUUACUCCAUAGAUAUCAAUGGCUACAUACUGGUCUAUUCAGUUACAUCUAAUAAAAGCUUUGAAGUUGUGCAAGUCAUCCAUGAAAAACUGUUGGACAUGGUAGGAAAGGUUCAAGUUCCAAUUAUGCUUGUCGGAAACAAGAAUGACCUACAUAUGGAGCGAGUAAUCAGUUGUGAAGAGGGAAAAGCAUUAGCUGAAUCCUGGAAUGCUGCCUUUAUGGAGUCCUCAGCUAAAGAGAACCAGACAGCCGUGGAGGUUUUCCGAAGGAUGAUCCUGGAGGCAGAAAAGAUGGACGGCGGCGUGCAGCCAGGAAAAACCUCCUGCUCCAUGAUGUAGAGCCGCCCAAUCAACACAUAGGACACUGCACUGGGAUAUCCCGUUACUUGAAGGCUAGCUGCCAGUUCUCCUCCACCUCAGCUGACUCCACCCCCAGGGUCCUAAAUAUCCAAUACUUUCUAUUUAUGGCUCUGAUUCCACUGUUAUUUAUUAGUAUUUCCUAUUCCCUUUUGUCAUCCUUGUUUUUCUUUGUGUGUUUGAUAAGAAACAAGGAUGAGUGGUGGUUCCUUGUCUUAUAUUUCCCACAAUCCACCCCUCCGUCUUUGUGCUCGGCACUGAUGCAAAACACAGAACAUCAUAUGGAUGUAUCAGAAAAAAUGUUUUCUUGUUUCAGAAAUGAUAACUAAGACCAGAGAUCGUAGUGGCUUGAUGCAUCUUAGCUUCUCGUUAUGCAGCUUCCAUUUAGGCUACAGGCCCUUCUCUGUUUAAAUAACACGAGAUAAGAGAAUUGUCAUAUCUGCCAUGCAUAUACCCUGAAAAUAGUUAGAUAAACACAGACAUUUCUUCUGAUACAUCGCCAGCUGUUUGGUCCCUCCAAUAUACAGCUCUUUUUCUAUUUCAUCACCAUGCAGUUCUCUCUCCCUCAGUUGGUUUUCAUAGCAGUUACUGUCAGCCAAAAAAAAUCUACAUCCAUUUUCUAAUGUUGAAAAUGUUGUACAAAUGUUUUUGAUUGUAAUCAUUAAAGCAAAAAGUGGUUAUGUAA